CCUACCUUCCUUUUUCGGCUGUCGUGGAGAGAAAGACAGUCAAUUUCCAACUAGAGCUGAACACUCGGUCGCCAAAAACGCACCUCCGAAGCUUGUGCUGGACGGUUGCUUUCCCGCCCGUUAUCCGGCUCAGACGUGUCGCUGUCACUGUCGCCAUAUGCUAGGCCCAAUAAGUUGCUCAUUGUUUGGUUAGUCCUUCGCAGGAGAUGCCGAGGAACUUGGCGAAGUCUGCAGGAAGCCCCGCACUUGGACUCAGACUUGGACUACUUGGAAGACAGAACGCGCGCGUCUCAGCCCUUGCAACCGACUUGCGACCCUUCUCUCAGGUUCAUCUGCAAGUCAGAUCUGGUGGCUUUGCACCAUCUCGUUGGGACGGUGUCUCACCUUGCGGGCUUCUUCGUCUGCUCUUAGUCGGCUGGUGUCUGUCACUUUCGGUAGCCGGAGCAGUACGGUCCCACUGCAACAAGAACGCAGCGGUCCCGGUUCCAUUGUUCGUUUUGCGAUUUCUGGCUACUCUGCUCAUAUUGCCAGGGCUCGCCAACCGCCUGGGUUUCUACGAAGAGCGUAAACUACAUAUACAAAACGACACAGAAUCCAGUUGGACUAGGGCGGUGGGCGUUAGCAAUGACUCGGGAUUUGGCCUUGAACGGGGAUGUUAGCUUCGAUCAAACAGCUCUGGAAGCCCUUAAAAUCUGACGAGGCGGGAGUAUUCAACACACAACAGCGACUUGAACA